GACUCAAAAUCUACAGCACCGAGAAGUCGGAGAUGUGAGCUGGGAGCAGAGGAAGCCAGCUCGGGCAGGGCAGGGCGGGGUCUGGCCGACCUGACUGACCAUCCCGGGGCGUGUGGAUGGGCCUGUCGGCUGCGAAGAAGCCAUCCUGCUCCCAGUCCCAUGUGCUGUGGACUGCCCCUUGGCCCGGCCCAUCUGAGGGGCCGGGAAGUGGCCGGGGGACGGGGGAUGUUAGGACAGAGGCAGCGCGAACUCCCAUACCAGUGUUCGUGGAACACAUUUAUUGAUGGCCUGAGCCCUGGGAAUCCAGGAAUAACCCGAGACACUGGAACAGCCUCUUUAGGAAAAUGAAGUCUGUCCCCAGCCAGACUCUAAAGUCGUCCUGCCUGGGCCUUGGGCUGCCUUCAUGCCAAUCCAUAGGACUUGACUUCCUUGACCGCUGGCGGCGCUCUUCACCCUCUCGGGGCCCCGCACUCUGCACAGGCCGGGUGUCGGGAGAGCCAGGCACCGUGACAAACACCCUGCACCCCAAGCAGGGGGAGCUGCCCUGGCUCCAGGAGAGGAGGGGGCCGGGACGGUGGCUUGGCUCAUCACGGCUGUACUAAGGUUUCCCUAGCUGACUCCAAGGGGUGGCAGACAAUCCCCGCAUUGUCACCAGGGCUGCACCAUGGAGCAGAGGCGCUGCGAUGAGGAGAGCCCCGGGCCUGGGCUUGUCCAGGCCCCACAGGCUGCAGUGUGCCUCCAGGUGAAGGCCAAGGUCUGCCCUGGGGGCUGGAGGGGCCCCGGCCUGCUGCUGCUGCUGGCACUGGCUGCUGCUGGGGCUGUGGCUGGAGGACUUCUUGGCUUUGCUCACAGUCCCCCCAAGCCUCUGCUGCAGAUGCUCCGUCUGACCCCCCCAAGCCCUGGGGCACACCGGUCCAUCCAAACUGCCCAGGUGGACGCGGCCCAGAAUAUGGCAACCAUCCGGGUGACCUCGGCUCAGAGCAACCGUAGCUGGGCAGUGCUGUUCGACGGGCAGAGCGGCUGCGUCUGUUACCGCCCCUCGGAACACCCAGCCUGCUUUCUCUGCCCGAUGGAGCCCCGAGACCGCGAGACCCUACAGCUGCUGAUGAACACGUCCAGGGACCACAGGCUCCCCAGCCCCAGCCAGGACACCCACUACACCCAGGAGCUGCUGGCAGUGCUGGGGAGCCGCGAGGUGGACCCUGCCCAGGUGGGCGACUCUGUGCGGCAUCUUUGUGGCAAGACGCCCAUUUACUGGGCCCGCCGAGUGGAGGGUAAGUCAGGUGCUGUUGUGGGGCCCGUUGUGGGGCCCGGGCGGAAGGGGUUGGAGCUGCGGGGGCUCACGCAGGCCCUUUCCCCCAGGGCCCCAGAGGCAGCGGCUCAUCUACCUGUGCAUCGACAUCUGCUUCCCCAGCAACAUCUGCGUGUCCGUCUGCUUUUAUUACCUCCCAGACUAAGUGCCUCACCCGGCCAGCCCCCCAGGCCGGCCUCGUCGCAGGUCAUGGAGGGUAGCUGUGGGCGGGAGUUAAUAAACGCUCCACCUGGCCGUGACACUGUUCUCUCGGGCCUCAGGACACAAAACGGGCAGGGUGGGUACGAGCACGGGCUUGGGGUUGGGCCCCAGCCUGGGACCCCGUGGGCUCUGUGGAUCUGGAAUUUUGGAAGCAAGUGAAGGCUGGCUCGGCAGGCU